UGUUUGUGUGUCAGUAUAAAAGCGCCUGUGCAGGAGGUUUGUCCACAUACCAUCUGACAACAUGAAGCUGCUACUUCUCACGCUCGUGGUGCUGCUGUGUAGCACUCAAGUGCUCACACUCACAUGCUACACCUGUGGUGGUGCAAGUGACCCCGACUGUAAGACAGAGACGGUGUGCCCACCGACAGCUCAGUUCUGCAAGACCGUAGAGUCAGGGGGUGAUAUCACCUCUCGGACCUGUGAGGCUUUGUGUUCUGAAGAAACGUAUGGCGUAUCCUGCUGCUCGACAGAUCUCUGCUAGAGACGAAGCAUCACUCUUCAAGCUGUCCCUUUCGUUUUCUUGCUAGUCAAAAAUAUGCGUGAAAAAAAACGUUAAAUCAGAACAUCCUGUCUUUGAUUUGUCUUGUUAUUGUUCACUUUCAAUGAGAAUUGCAAACGCUGAACUGUUGAACCUCAUUCAGCAUCUCACAGCCGCCUCAAGCUGCACAGUCCUCUGGUAGUCACAGCCAUGAUUUUUUUUUUCUUUUUAAAUGAAUAAUGUUGGAAGCAGGGCAGCUGCUCACACACACACGCACACAGGCAUACAUGCCAACAAACACACUUAAUCCCCUCUUGAUGUCACUUAGUGGGUCACUGCAGCAGCCGACUGCUAUGUGGGUUGCUGUCUGUCUGUCUGUGUUGCAAUGCAAAGUUGGACUAUCAACUCAUCUGUUUCAAAAUCACUGAAUGGAGAAUGAAUAAAUCUUUGAAUUGAUCUCAUC